ACAUAAGAUUAAAAACCGCAAUUUAAUCACUUGUGAUUUACAAGGUUAUAAACGGCAGAGAAAUAGGGUAGAGCUUAUUUUCUAGGGUUUGGAUCGAUAACCACAUUCGCAAUCUGCUUCAGUGGUGUACUGCAGUGACAGCCGAAACCAGAAACCAUGGGGCGUAUGCAUAGCAGUGGAAAGGGUAUAUCCUCCUCCGCAUUACCCUACAAAAGGACUUCCCCUAGCUGGCUCAAGAUCUCUUCCCAAGAUGUUGAUGAAAAUAUAUGCAAGUUUGCCAAGAAGGGUUUGACACCUUCUCAGAUCGGUGUCAUUCUCCGUGACUCUCACGGUAUUGCUCAGGUCAAGAGCGUUACCGGCAGCAAAAUCCUCCGUAUCCUCAAAGCUCAUGGACUUGCACCUGAGAUUCCUGAGGAUUUGUACCAUUUGAUAAAGAAGGCGGUUUCAAUCCGUAAGCAUUUGGAAAGGAACAGGAAGGACAAGGACUCCAAGUUCAGACUCAUCCUUGUUGAGAGCAGAAUCCAUCGCCUGGCUCGCUAUUACAAGAAAACUAAGAAGCUUCCCCCUGUGUGGAAAUAUGAAUCAACAACUGCCAGCACUCUAGUGGCUUAGAGACUAUAUCGGCUCAUACUGGUGGCUUUCAGGUUAUACAGGGUUGCUGCACCAGCAAUCUGUGGGGUCAUGUUGAGGUUCAUCUGGAGGCCGUGUGAGCGAUGCAAUUUCUAUUUUUGUUAAGAACCUUUGAUUAAGCAGAAAGAUAUUAUUUUCGUUUGAGGCAGUGUAUUGUUUUUAAGUAUAAUUAAAAUGUUUAGUUAUUUUAAAGGAUCUUGUAUUUCUGCAUUCUUUCGUCAUUCUCCUUAAAAUUGCGAUUACCAUUGAA